GACGGCGGCGUCACGGGCUCCGUUCCGCGACGGAGGCGUGACGGCGCGGUGGUGACCCGCGCGGCGCGUGAAGGGCGUCACGUCGCGUGUGUGGCAAGUGGUCGUGAGCGGCGCACGGGCCGCGCGGUGACGUCACGACCAGGACCGUGAGACCUCGGCUGGAGCGCCGACGGACUCGUGAUCGGCGGCUCUUCACCGCGCUCUCUGAGGUAGCCCCGUCCCCUGGCGCGGCCCACGCCUAGUCCGUGCGUGACGCCUGCCGCCGCCCUCACGAGGAGCCCGCCGCCAUCCCGACCAUGGUGCUCCGCGGCAGCAUGGAGCACGAUGACCUGAUUCGGGAAAUGCCGCUGAUCGAGAAGCUGUCGACGCAAGAGCGGCUGAAGCUGGCGCGCCGCCGCCGCAAGGAGCAGCUGCGCCGCUUCUUUGCGCGCGAGAAGGAGGCCGGCAGCAAGCGCCACAAGGGCGCCGAGAACCGCAGCCAGCGGCGCCGCCAAGCUGACGCGCGCAUUCACUUCGUCGACAGCGUCAUGCUGCUGGAGGCGGCGGCGCGCAGCGACAUCGAUGAAGUGAGGCGUCUGCUGUCGCUAGGAGUUGACCCCAACUCAACCAACGAGGACGGUCUGACCGCCCUGCACCAGUGCUGCAUCGACGACUCCGAGGCUAUGAUGGCCCUGCUGCUGGACCACGGCGCCAACGUGGACGCCAAGGACAGCGAGCGGUGGACUCCGCUGCACGCCGCCGCCACCUGCGGCCACCUCCACUUGGUCAAGCAGCUGGUGGAGCGGGGAGCCAACCUGUUAGCAGUGAACGCCGACGGCAACAUGGCGUACGACAUCUGUGAGGACGACACCACGCUGGAGUACAUUGAGACCCAAAUGGCUCGGCGGGGAGUCACACAGGAGUUGAUUGAGCAGACGCGGGGCGAGAUCGAGGCGGCCAUGCUGGAGGACUUGAAGCAGCGGCCCAUGUCGGCGCUGGAGGAGCGCGUGCAGCAGUCGGCCACGCCGCUACACAUAGCUGCUGCCAACGGCUACAUCACCGUGGUGGAGUACCUGCUGGACAACCACGUGUGCGUCGACGCCCGGGACAAGGACGACUGGCAGCCCAUCCACGCAGCAGCCUGCUGGAGCCACCCGCAAGUGAUAGAGUUGCUCUACCAGAACGGCGCGGACCUAUCGGCCGCUACCAGGAGCGGUGAGACGCCAUUUGACGUCUGUGAGGACCCCGAGAUCAGGGAGCGCCUUGAGCAGCUGAAGACCGAACAGGACCUGAAGCGGACCGAGACGCAGCGGCCGCGCGUGCGUCGCACCCAAUCCACCAAACACUCGAUCCGGCGCACCUCAAUGCGGGAGAAGACGCUGACACCCAAGAAAGACGUCAAGCAGGAGGCUCGAAUAAGGCUCGGCGUCGAGGAGUCCAUUUCGGCGCUGGAGGACUCGAACCGCCGCGUGGACGCCAGCCUGCUGGACGUGGACGGCAUCGCCAUCGAGCUGGCCGACGACACGUCGCAGGCCUCCAGCGCCAACAACAGGUCAGAGGAUCUGACGGACGGAGUGAGCACCGCCACGGAGGACCAGAACGGCACGGACCUCACGAAACGGGCCGAUGGCCAGGUCACCGCCGGCCAGGUCAACGGCGCCCGGGUCAACGGAAGCCAGGUCAAUGGAGGCCAGGUCAACGGAAGCCAGGUCAACGGAAGCCAGGUCAACGGAGGUCAUGUCAACAGCAGCGAGCGACCGACGCGUGACUCCAGCAGAACAUCGGUAGGCAGCUCGGCUUCCGUGGAAUCCAGUAAGAUCGACAUUCACGUACACGUAACGGUGAACACGGGCGUCGGCGGCGGCGGCGGGGCCGGAGGCGGUGGCGCUGGCGGAGGCGGAGGAAACGGCGGCGGCGGCGAGGGCGCGCCGCCAGCCUACACGCCGCCCACCUACACGGCCAGCUACAGCCACGGGCCGCUGCAGGGCACGCUGGCCGACCUGAAGAAGCAGCGCGCCCUGUCGCGCAGCGCGCUGACGGGUGCGAUUGCGCUUAGCGCCUUCCCGCUGGACGAGCUGGGGCCGGCGGCCGUGUCACCCAUGCCCUCGCCGGCAGCCGACUCGCCGCCCGUGCCUCGGCGCCGCUUCGUCACGGGCGACGGUGGCCUCGUGACCUCCGAGCUGCCGCGCGAGAAGACCGGCUGCUGCUGGCUGCAGUAGCGACGUCUAGCGGACGAGCGGCAAGCUGCGGUUCGCCGCGCGGCCGCCCGGCAGAGCCGUCGCUGUGAUACAUGGGGAGAUUCUCAUUGGGGCGAUGCCCUUCAUUCACAUGGGGAGUUUGGCUCUGCGGCGUUGGUCGUGGGAGCUUUCAAGCAAGUUGUGAUGUGAAGGAUGGUAGAUUUACUUUCGGCCUGUGGCGUAGUGUGCAGGUUGGCGCGUUUAAGCUUUCUUACUACAAGGAGCCGGGUGAGUGAGGCAGUAAUGUCGGUCUCUCAAGAGACAGGCUUCACUAGCGUUAAGGUGGCAGAUGCGGUGCUUCCGUUGGGCUAGGCCGUAGCCUUUCCAUGUCCUUUCACCCGAAAAUUGUCCUCAUUCGACCAUGCUGAUAUCAUUGGCAGGAAGCACGCGCUCUGCCGACGCGUUGAGCUCACCCCUCUUAACCACUCCUGUCUUUCCAAUGUUGUCAAAUUCUGCAGGAGGUGAGCCGUGAGGUCCGCCGCGAAUCCAUUUCGAUGUAUUGCUUGCGUGCUUUUGAGUUGAGCAAAGCCAAAAUACGCUGAUGUGAAAGACAACCAUCUAGGUAUAUGCAGGGAGAGCAGCUGAUAAAGUAGACGGGUUCGGCUCCUUCCGCAUACACCCGCUCGUUUAAUGCGCCUGCAGGGGCUUAAAGCAGCAUUCCAUGGUUUGUGCAGGCAGCUAUUUUUAGUUCAUCUAACACUAUACUGAUCUGUAUUGCGUCCUGUCUGUACCGGAGGCAACACGCAACAUCUGCAGAUAGGCGAGAGGUGGCGCUGUUUUCAACCACUCGCCCCACUCCGCUCGUCUCUUAGGCUUGUCAUCAUCACGCGUCAAGCCCACCACUCAGCUGGCUUCCUUGCUUCUGUUGAGAGCAGUACGCACUGCUUCCUGUUGGGUCCCAGCGCCUCACGCCAACUGCCACCGCCCAGCUGGCUUCCUUGCUUCUGUUGAGAGCAGUACGCACUGCUCCCUGCUGGGUCUCAGCACAUCAUGCCAACUGCACUGAGAGGCCCACAAAAUGUGAGCGUGCCAACGAGCGAGCAGCUUCUUAGCCGCGGUUAUAUGCGUCGCGGCUUAUUUGUGUCUAGUGGUUCUGGGAACGUGCAUUUCGUGUACCAUUCCUGUUCGUCAUACAUUCCUUGCGAUCAGGCCGCGUGCGAGCGCAAUUUUGACAUAACUGGGAAAAGUGCGUGUGUGCUGAAUACGCCUAGUGGCCUCGUGUUAUAAUCGUUUUUACGCGAGUGGCAAAGGCGUGAAAUGAUCCGUAAAUGCUGGAGUCCAUAUUGACUUUUGAUUCAAUACAGCAUGAAAGCAUGU